ACAACAAGCUACCAGGAAGAAGAAAUACAAACCGAAAGUUGUACGAAAGGUUAGCUGAAAUACUUCAACAGAAACACCUAAAACUAUGAAUAUAAUUACAAUGUAGGAAAAGAAAUGGCCACUGCCACCAGCCAGGCACAGGAACUCAUAACCUGUGACCUUUGUGUCAAACCUGUCCAGCAAUUCUGUAACAGCUGCCAAGUCGGUCUGUGUGAAGACUGCAUCAACAAACAUGUCAAGAGCCUCAAGUCCAUGAAGCAUGACAUUGUUCCUUUCACAAAGCGUACAGUACAGCUUGUGUUCCCUCAGUGUACAUCUCAUUCCCACCAGAGAUGUGAGGCCCACUGUCAACAGUGUGAUGUCCCGGUCUGCAUCAAAUGUCUCACUGGUCAACAUAAAGGUCAUGUUUUCGAGGACAUGGAUAAAAUCAUAGCUAUGAAGAGAGAAAAAAUUAAACAAGAAACUGGAGAAAUUGAGGGCAUUAUCCUGAAGACCACAAGACAGGAUUCAGACACUGAAAACAAAAUUUCCCAAUCCAUGGCCCAUUAUACAGAUUUACAGAAACAGACCAAUGAUCAUAGAAAACAAUGGCACCUAGAGGUGGACAACAUCUUUAACAAAAUGGAAUCCCUGAUCCAGUCACUCAGAGAUCAUCAUAUUACAACUCUAAAAUCAUGCCAGUCCAAACUCAGAAGUCAGAAUUCCAGUAUGAUCCAAACUGUUCAAGAAAACAAAGAAAUUCUGAAGUCCAACAAAGUGUCUGAUGUCAACAACUACCAAUCCAAACUGAAGGAAUACAGGAACAUUCCACAAAUACCUGAUUUACCAUUGCCCUCUCUUCAAACAAACACAGUCCAAGGGAGAGAACUCAGCAUAGAAUUAGGAGAAUACAAGGCUACACUGACACAGACAUCACUAUCCAGUCUGACAGAUGAAGUCUCCUUUUUAUCUGUUAAGGAAUUAUUAGAAGAAGCCAAAGUGAUUGCAAACAUUCCAACAAAUGUUAAAAAUCUUGGUAGAGUGGCCUGUAUAGGAUCAGAUAAAGCUUGGAUUAGUGGCCAGGACAAAAAGGUAACCUGUCUGGACAUACAUGGAGCUGUACAAGACACUGUCACCAGUACAUGUGACCUCUUCCCUGAUGACAUUACAGUGACCAGACAGGGAGAACUGAUAUACAGUGAUGCUUACAAUAGAACUGUGAACAUUGUCAGAGAUGGGAAGACAGAGACACUGAUCACCACACCAAGGGGCUGGCAUCCAGAUGGACUGUGCUGUACCAGGUCAGGGGACAUCCUAGUUAGUAUGUGUACUACUGAUAAAAGUCAUCGUAAAAUAGUCCGUUAUCAGGGACAGAGAGUGACACAGGAAAUAGAUAAAGAUGAACAUGGGGAUCCAAUCUAUCAAGGAGGAAAAUAUGCAGUGUAUGUGGUGGAGAACAACAAUGGAGACAUAGUGGCCUCUGAUUGUAAUGCUGACACAGUGGUAGUGGUGGACAGGACAGGAAAAGUCAGAUUCAGAUACAACGACAAAUCUCCAGGGCGAAAGGAAUCGUUCUGUCCUGGUCAAAUAGUGACAGACUCCAUGGGUCACAUCAUUGUGGCUGAUCAGUUCAAUGACUGUCUACACAUCCUAGAUCAGAAUGGACAGUUCCUGAGAUGUGUGGAUAAUUGUGGACUAGAGGAUCCUUAUGGACUGAGUGUGGACAGUGAGGGGAGGUUGUGGGUAGGGUUGUAUCAUUCAGGGGAAGUGAAAGUCAUCCAGUACAUGAAAUAAACAUCAAACAUUCACAUGUUAGGAAUUGUUUAUAGCCUGCAUUUAUCAAACAAAUUAAAAUUACAAUUUUCAAAUAACUUUUAUCUUUUGUAUCAACUCAGGAUC